CACAAACACAAACACAAACCUAAGGAAUGAAGAAAACGAUGAUAUAGAAGAGUUAAAGAGGCUACACGCGCAAGUCCUCGAACACUGGCGCACUGACAGAUACUAUCGUGGAUGAUGAACGUUCGGAGUUGAAGGUGGAAGAAGAAUGUUGGACUGUGGGCCAGUGGUUGUGUCUGUGGUGCUAUACAUUCUGCUAAUGCCAGGGUUGCUAUUUCAAGUACCUGGUCGUUCAAGGUGCGUCGAGUUUGGAAAUUUUCAGACCAGUGCUGCUUCCAUACUCGUUCAUUCGCUUCUCUACUUUGGUCUCAUCUGCCUCUUCUUGUUCGCUGUUAAGGUCCACUUUUACAUCGGCUAGUUACAUGGAUUGAUUCAACUUCUUCUUAUGCCUUUCUGUUCUACCCACUUCAACAUUUACGUGUCUUUUUUGCUCAGUUCCAACCUUAAUUUCUACAAAUGUUUCUAGUUUCUUUUCUUUCAUGUUUGGUUAUGUUUUCAGAAAGUAAUAUUAUUUACUCUCAUCUCUGAUACAUCUGCACAAGAUUUGAGUUACAGCUACUUAAAUGUUCUUAUCAUAUUGUCGAUAU